AUGGAAACACUUAAGAAGCAUUUCAUUGUAACUCUUUUUGUUAUCCUGUGUGUCUGCGAUGUAUCAUUGGCAAGAACAGAGAAGAGUGAGAAUGAAAAGAUUACUUACAUAGUACAUGUUUCCAAAUCGAUAAUGCCAACAAGCUUCGAUCACCAUUCAAUAUGGUACAAAUCAAUUCUUACGUCGAUAUCUAAGUCAGCUGAAAUACUAUACACCUACGAUAAUGCAAUGCAUGGAUUUUCAACAAGUUUAACAGUUGAAGAAGUUGAGUUACUAAAGAGCCAAACCGGGGUUCUAAAGGUGACAGAGGAUAAAAAGUACAAACUUCUCACAACUAGAACACCACAGUUUUUGGGGCUCGAUAAAAUUGAUACUAUGUUUCCCACGACAAAAAAUAGAAGUGAUGUAAUUGUGGGAAUAUUAGACACAGGCGUGUGGCCAGAAAGCAAGAGUUUCGAUGAUACCGGAUACGGACCAAUCCCGAGUACUUGGAAAGGCAAAUGUGAAACUGGUACCAAUUUUACAACCUCAAAUUGUAAUAAGAAAUUGAUUGGUGCCAGGGUCUUUACAAAGGGCUCCAUGGGUUUGAUCGAAGAUGUUGAAUCGCCACGAGACUAUGCUGGCCAUGGAACCCACACAUCGAGUACAGCUGCAGGAUCUCCUGUGGAAAACGCGAGUCUUCUCGGCUAUGCCAACGGAACUGCACGUGGUAUGGCAAUGGGUGCUAGAGUUGCUAUGUAUAAGGUUUGCUCAACAGACGCAUGUAGCAGUUCUGAUAUACUAGCUGGAAUAGAUCAGGCCAUUGCCGACCAAGUCAAUGUUCUUUCCUUGUCACUUGGAGGUCAAGCAAUUGAUUACUUGGAAGACAGCAUUGCAAUCGGAGCCUUUGCAGCAAUGGAGCAUGGGAUUCUAGUCUCUUGCGCCGCAGGAAAUUCUGGUCCUACUUCUAUGACUGUCACCAAUGUAGCACCAUGGAUUACUACUGUUGGAGCUGGCACACUCGAUCGAGAUUUCCCUGCAUCCGUCAUUCUCGGAAAUGGAAAAAAUUACUCAGGUGUGUCGCUUUAUAAAGGAAGUUCUUUGCCUCGUACACCUGUGCCAUUCAUAUAUGCAGGAAAUGCAAGUUUUAAUGAAGAAGGAGGUCAAGGGCUAUGUUUAGAAGGCAGCUUGGUACCAAAAAAAGUAUCGGGAAAGAUCGUUUUGUGUGAUUACGGAUCUAUUUCUGGUGCUGUGAAAGGAGAUAUAGUGAAAUCUGCUGGUGGUUUGGGUAUGGUGCUCGCCAAUGUUGUCCCCGAUGAUGAGGCAGUAAGGGCAAUUCCCCAUGUUAUACCAGCAACUGCUGUAGGCUUCAAAGCUGGAGAAGCAAUAAAGAAAUACUUGUUUUCUAAUCCAAAAUCGACAGGUACAAUUGUGUUUCAGGGAACAAAGGUCGGGGUUAAACCGUCACCUAUUGUUGCAGAGUUCAGUUCACGAGGCCCUAAUUUUAUAAGCCCACAAAUAUUGAAGCCUGAUUUAAUUGCACCGGGUGUAAACAUCUUAGCAGCUUAUCCGAGGAUUGUGAGUCCCAGUGGUUUGGGGUCAGAUCAAAGACAAGUUGACUUCAACAUCAUCUCAGGCACAUCCAUGGCAUGCCCUCAUGUAAGUGGAUUAGCGGCUUUGAUCAAGUCAAUUCAUCCAAAAUGGAGCCCAGCCGCCAUACGAUCUGCGUUGAUGACAACUGCUUAUAGUAGUUACAAGAACGGUCUCACAUUAUUGGACCGUGCUAAUAAUAAGUCAGCUUCACCGUUUGAUUUUGGAGCUGGACACGUCGACCCUGUCCUUGCGCUAAAUCCCGGACUUGUCUAUGAUUUAACAGUGGAUGACUAUUUGAAGUUUCUUUGUGCAUCCAACUAUGAUGAUUCUAGUAUCGAAAUUGUGGUAAGGAGAAAGUAUACAUGUGACCCAAAGACAAAGUACAGUGUAACAGACCUUAAUUACCCCUCAUUUGCUGUGGUCUUUGAGAGUGCGAAUGGUGUAAAGGAGAUUAAAUACACACGUACUCUUACCAAUGUGGGUGAGGCAGGAACCUACAAGGUAUCAAUUAAGUCUGAUGUUCCAUCCGUCAAGAUCUUGGUUGAACCAACAGUGUUAAGUUUCAAACAAAAUGAGAAAAAAUCAUACACAGUUACCUUUACUACAUCAGGUUCACAAGACACUCCAAGUUUUGGAAGUUUGGAAUGGUCAAAUGGAAAAACUAUUGUUAGAAGUCCUAUUGCAUUUAGUUGGGAUGUAUGAGAAAAGCUCCAAGAAUGAUUAAGUGGUAUGGUUAUAUAAUAAUCCUAUGAUGUUGUAUCUAAGU